AGGAAGCGCGUGCCGCUCCGACUCCCCUCUCGUGCCAGCACGUGCAUCCCACAUGCUCGUCGCCACGUAGGCAAUACCCAAUAAUAAAGUCCCACGUGACACACUUUGUGAAUUCCCACCAUUAUCUUCCUAGAGAGAGAAAAUUAUGGACGCUUACGCUACGGCGGGAUGUUGCCGGCAAUCACCGUGCGCCGGAGUUGCGGGGACAUAUCCCCGGUCACCUAGCCAGCCGAAGAUUCCCUUGUCCGUGCGGUGCAACCCGGUGGUUUCGCUUUUCGCCGACGAGGGCCACUUGUGGUACUAUUCCGCCGGUGGAAGGAGGAUCAGAUGCGGGGUGAAAUCGGAGACUCUCCGGAGUGAUGUCAAGGUCAAAGACAAGGAGACGAGUAAAUUGAUGAAGAAGAGGUUGAAGUUGCUCAAGAAUCUGUCCAGGGACUUGUUCACGAUGACCCAGAUUGGAUUCGGGUUCGAUUGUGCAGACGGGUGCGAUCUGCCCGAUCGAGAACGAGAGAAGGCUAUUUCGGGAGCUGCAGAGGCAUUGCUGGCACAACUCCAAGAACUGAAAACGAAGGUCAAAGAUGAAAAGUGCCGGGAUUCGUCGAGCUCUUCUUCAUCAGAAUCGAGCGACAGCGAUUGCAAGGGAUCAAUCAAUAUGAACAGAACAAAGCAUAAACCUGGUCUGCUUCCAGAUUUGCAGCCGCUGUUCAAUCAAGAAUCCCUCUACUCCCUAUCAAAACCUGCGAUUGAUGAAGGCACGAUUUCAUUCAAGAAUCCAGAUUCACAGCCACUGUUCAAUCAAGAAUCUGUUUACUCUCUAUCAAAACCCGUGAUUGAUGAAAGCACAGGUCCAGAAUUGGGAAUUCAAGCCCGGAAAAUCGAGGUCUGCAUGGGUGGAAAGUGCAAGAAAUCUGGGGCUCAAGCUAUACUGGAAGAACUGCAGAGUGCAGUGGGCAUAGAAGGUGCUGUUUGUGGAAGCAAGUGCAUGGGGAAAUGUAAAGUCGGUCCUAAUGUGAGGCUUUCGAGUGCAACGGAUGAUCUGUGUAUCGGCGUAGGGGUGCAGGAUGUCAGUUUAAUCGCCUCUGGUUUCUUGCGCGGCAAGGGAAAGGAACUUGUUGCAUCUUGAUCUUCAGUAGGUUUCAUCUUGUAUCUGCAGAUUUAGUUGUUUAGUAUCAUAUUGUAUUUAUAUCAGGUUUUGCAUUUAUCUCUGAGUUUUGUGGAUAUGAUAAACAUCAAUCAUCAAUGUGCAGAUUUUCUUGUUGCUUUUCUUAUGUUUGGCAUCCAUGAGUUCUGUUCUUCUGUGACAACAAUAUGCAAGAAAUAUACUUGGUCCUC